AUGAGAAGAUCAUCAAAGGCCAAGGAGAAGGAGAAGGAGAAGGAGAAGGAGAGGGAGAAGGAGAAUGCUAAAAGUAGUCUCCUAACUCCCAAGGAAAAUGACAAGAUUGGGGAUCUGUUGGGGAGAAAGCGUGUGUCUCUAGCAACAGCUGUUGUUCAGCUGUACAUGGCACUGCCUAACAGUCCAACCAGCUGGAGUCUGCAGCACACUGGAGUGGUGUGCUUUGUGAAGGACAAUCCUCUGCGCUCUUAUUUCAUUCGCCUCUUUGACAUCAAGGAGGGGAAGAUGGUCUGGGAACAGGAACUGUACAACCAGAUUGUUUACCACCGAGCUCAACCUUUCUUCCACACUUUUGCUUCAGAUGACUGUCAGGUGGGCUUGAACUUUGCCAGUGAGGAGGAGGCACAGGAUUUCUAUGCGAAUGUGGAGGAAAAAAUUAACCAAAGACUAAGUCGCCAAGGGAAGAAGCAACAGUCUUCUGGAUCCUUUAGAGAUCAGGGACCAUUGCCACCAAUACCUCCGCCAAAUGGUAGGCCAAGCCCCGCAAUCCAAACUGCUCCCACAUCCUCCAGAGGAAAGAAAGAGAAGAAAAGCAAGAAAAAGGGAUCAAAAUUGUCCAAGUUAGAGAUUGGCACACCAAGUGGAUUCACGCAUGUGCAGCAUGUCGGCAUGGAUCCCAACAACCUGGACCCAGACCUGAUGAAACUGCUGUCAUGUGCUGGCAUCAGUGAAGCUGAUCUAAAGGAUGAAGAGACAUCCAGACUUAUUUAUGGUGUCAUUGAAGAGUCUGGUGGCAUGGAGGCUGUUAAAGAGGCUAUGAACAGACAGGACCCGGUUCCACGACCCUCUGCGGGCCGUCAGGGACCACUCCCUCCCUUGCCUCCUGACCCCUCAUCAACUUCUGCUCCUGCUCCACCAUCCUCUCGAGGUCGUUUAGGACCCCUGCCACCUAUUCCUGGAACUCCACAGAGGGGACAAUCCUCUAAUGGCCCUUUACCGCCUCCACCUACUGGGUCCCAUCUUCCUCCACCGCCUGGUGGGCGUGGUGGACCUUUACCUCCACCCCCUUCUGCAUCUUAUCCUCCUCCAACGUCAGGUGGGCGUAGUGGACCUUUACCUCCACCCCCUUCUGCGUCUCAUCCUCCUCCAACAUCAGGUGGCCGGAGCGGACCUUUACCUCCACCUCCUUCUGCAUCUUAUCCUCCUCCAACAUCAGGUGGCCGGAGCGGACCUCUACCUCCACCACCCUCUGCUUCUUUCCCACCACCACCUGCAGGUGGACGAAGUGGACCUCUGCCUCCACAGCCUUCUUCAUCUCAACCCCCUCCUCCAUCAGCAGGUCGUAGUGGACCCUUAUCUCAUCCACCAUCUGCCACUCUUCCACCCGUACCACCAAGUGGCCGUAGUGCACCUUUGCCUCCACCUUCAUCAGCCUCUUUUCCACCUCCAUCAUCAGGUGGACGGAGUGGAUUUCUGCCUCCACCACCCACAAAAUCUCAUCCUGCACCUCCUUCAGCAGGUCGCAGUGGACCCUUACCUCCACCACCUUCUGCCUCUUUUCCACGUCCCCCACCAGGUGGACAUAGUGAACAUUUACCUCCACCGCCCUCUGAUGCUUUCCCACCUCCAUUCCCAGAGGACUACAAUGAAUCUUUACCUCCACCUCCUCCUGAAUGUGACUUUCCUCUUCCUCCACCUAACGACUUUGAGAAUGCAAUGCCUCCACCUCCUCCAGCCUCAUCAAAGCCUACCCAGGGAGGACCUGCUCCUCCUCCACCUCCAGGUCCGCCACCUCCCCCUGCCCCUGUAUCUAGUGUCAACCCACCUCCACCUCCUAGUGGUGGUGCACCACGCCCUUCUCCAGCCUCCACUGGCGGUGGGGGUAGAGGGGCUUUACUCGACCAGAUACGAUCGGGGAUGAAACUCAAAACGGUGACCAAUAAUCCCGACUCUGCACCGCCUCCCGCACUGAACUCAGGGGAGGGCAUAGUAGGAGCACUCAUGAUGGUCAUGCAGAAACGGAGUAAAGUCAUUCAUUCAUCCGAUGAGGGUGAGGAAUUUGAUGUGGAGGAUGAUGAGGAUGAUGAGUGGGAUGACUGA